CAGCCUCCUUUUCCGUUAGACAGCAGACUCUGUCAUCAAGCCUUGCAUUGUCAACAAUCUGUAACAGCUAGUCUGGUGCUUGGUCGAAUAAAAGGAGAAUGAAGCUCUUGCCCUCGUUUCCACGUGAUGCGCGCUAGUCCCUCCAGGGCUGGAAAGCAUUAGAGCCAGGGUCUCACAACUUUACGACUCCCCUCACUUCGCUUGGGAUAUCAAGCCAAAAGAAACGCCAUGUCCCAACUAGAUUCGAAAGUCGCUUCGGUCAUCGAUCGCGCCGCUAAGAAUGACGAGUCAGACGAGGACGAUUUGAUCGCACAGCUCGAGGAUGAUUCAGAAUUAGAUGCUUUUCGAGCGCAACGCAUACAGCAACUCCAUGACGAGUUCGACAAGGCUAGGCGACUGAAGGCCAGCGAGCAUGGCACGUACUCUGAGAUCAAAGACGAAAAAGCGUUGAUGGACAUCACGACAAGUACGAAAAACUGCGUUGUUCACUUCUUCAAGCCGGACUUCAACCGCUGCCGCAUUAUGGACACCCACCUUGAGUCACUUGCGCCAUCGCACUACGAAGCCCGGAUAAUGAAGAUUAAUGUCGACAACUGCCCAUUUCUGGUCACUAGACUAGGAGUCCAAGUGCUCCCAUGUGUCAUUGCAUUUAUCGAUGGCGUUGGUGCUGACCGUAUCGUUGGCUUCGAAGGACUCGGACGGACGCCAGACAACUUCACCGUCAGAGACCUUGAGGCACGUUUGAUCCGAGCUGGCGUCUUCGCAAGAAAUAAGGUCACUAAAGAAGAUGAGGAGGAGCGCAAACAAAGGAGCAAGAUGGCAGUCAAGUAUGAUGAUGAGAACGACGAUGACUGGGAUUGAAGAGGGACUCAUCCAUCGACGAGGCCAAUUUGCAAGCAACAAAUUGCCAAGCUAUCAAGGCCGCCGAUCCUUUGUCCGUCCGAGCGAGAUGUUGAGGACAAAUACUUGUCCUUGACUAUGGCAUGGCAGUAAACGAGUCGGUUGCUCAAACUUCGCUAUAAUCAGCAAGGAAUGGCGUUGCUGUUAGCAAACGACACCAAACCUUACGUUUGUAUGCACGACGCCCUCCAAGAUUUGGCAUUCGAGCAAAAGUUGGACAAGUACUGGUAGCAAGCAAACGAACUUAUCGGGCCUGAAAU